AUGGCAGGAUCUACUAACAUCAAGGACUACAUGCCAAUUAGUUCGGUACAUGGUUUCAUUAAGCUUCUCUCUAAGACGCUUUCUUUGAGAUUAACGCCUCUUCUUUCUAGGGUGGUUUCUGAUUGCCAACAUGCUUUUUUGAGAGGAAGGAGCAUUCUUGACAGUUCUAUGAUUGCAAAUGGACUCGUCCAUUUGAUGAGCCUUACUAGAGGUUUUUGUUUUGCGGAAGAUCAUGCCUCUAUAUCCUUGCUUCAGUUUGCUGAUGAUACUUUACUCUACUUACCUUUCGACAUUGAUCAACUGCGAAAUUUAACCCGGAUCAUGCAGUGUUUUGAGCUGAUAUAUGGAUUGAUUAUUAAUUUCCAAAAAAGUUUUCUAAUGGGAAUUAAUAUCAAUGAAGCUGAUUUAGUUCAAGCUGAUGGGUUAAUAUGGUGCAAGGUUGAUUCUCUGCCGAUUAAGUAUUUAGGUGUCUCGUUGGCUAAUCGGAAGCUUUCUUCUAGGGUUUGGGACCAUGUAGUUGAGUGUGUUAAAUCACGAUUAGCUCUUUGUAAAGGCUCUUUAUUAUCUCCUGCAGGAAGAAUGGUUCUUAUCAAAUAUGUUUUAUUCAGUAUUCUGGUCUAUUACAUGUCCCUUCUUAGUAUGCCAACUAACAUCUCUUUACAGUUAGAGAUGUAUAUGAAGCGUUUUUUUUAUGGAAGGGAGAUGUUUUCUACUCGUGUGCUUUGUAAAGUUUCUUGA